AUGAGGCUAGAACCCAGUGUUGGAGCACUCGUGGGCCUGUCAAUAGCAGCAGUGGUCCUCUUUGCUUUUAUCAUCACUGUGUGUGUUCUCUGUUAUUUGUUUAUCAGCACGAAGCCACGCAGCAAACUAGAUACUGGUUUAAGCUUACAGAUGGCAGCCACAAGGAUGAACUGUGACUGUGAGCCCCGAGAACCAGACUCACUCUUCCAGAGGUGUUUCCUGGCUAUUGCAACCACUGUUGAUAACCAGAGGCCAAUCUGA